AUGGAGUGUAGUUCAGAUGAUGAAAUAUACGUAGAUAUACACGAAAGAGUGUCUAAGCUUAGUCGUGGAGUGUUGACGCUGCCGGAAAACAAUGAAUUAUUGCUCGAAGCACUGGAGUAUGAUGAGCUUUGUUUAAAAAAAUUGCAAAGUCAGCCAAUUCUUUCCAAAACUUGCGAAUAUGGCGCUAAACUCUCUGGAAUCGUAUUAGACAAAGCAUUUCAAAUAAACGCCUACGACACACAAGAAUCACUCAAAAAGAUAAUUGAUUCUUUCCUCUACAAAUUCCCUAUGCAUAGCUGUCAAGACUACAAUAACAGCUAUAAACGUUUUAAUGACAGUUAUAACCACUUUAAUAAUAGCCACGAAGAUACAAAUGACAAAGUAAUAAGCAUUGAUAUUGACUCCAAAACAAUGGAUAGCGAUGAAGAUGAAAAUGUCAAAAUUAUAAAUGAUAAUAAAACUAAUAUUGAAGAUAUUAAAAUGGACGAGGAUAAUAUACCCAGUACUCCUGUACGUCCAAAUCCGCUGGCCACAGAUGCGCCGCUUGAAAGUAGAAUUCAAAUCAGCAAAUACAAUAAAAACACACCAAAAAGCUCAUUUUUAUCAAGAGAAUUGGAAUUCAAUUCUCUAAGUAAAUACUUUUACGGUUCUUCGCUCAGUUUUAGUUGCCUCGAAUGGGAUAUUAUGCCCAUUGAAAAAUUGCCCAGACAGAAAAAACAACGCAAAAGAACCGUCAGAGAUAAGUCUAACACUGCUACUAUUAGUUUGGAUACCAUAAGUCAUACAAAUGAAGAGAUUGAAAAUUGCAUUUUGGUUGAUCAACUCAUUUCCAAACUCAGGCAACUUACGUUUGAUAAACCACUGCCAUUUUGGCAAUUUAUUUUGGAUACUGACGAAAUAAAUGGCUUCAAUAACACUUGCUACAACCUGUAUGCUCUAACACUCAUUGUCUCAAAAGGGUAUGCCAGUAUUACUAACAUCGCAAAUCAGUUGUAUAUACAGAUAUCAAAUGGGGGGAGUGAUAAUUUAAAGGGGAAUUCACAGCAAAUACUUACCGGGUGGUCUUAUGAUAAAUGGAAAUCCCUACGAAAUGAUUGGAUCCACCCUCACACAAGCAUUUAA